AUGGAGAGCUCCAGCACCCUAUGGCAGUUCCUCCUGCAGCUGCUGCUCGACCAAAGCCACAAACAUCUCAUCUGCUGGACGUCGGACGACGGCGAGUUUAAGCUGCUCAAGUCCGAGGAGGUGGCCAAACUUUGGGGCCUGCGCAAGAAUAAAAACAACAUGAACUAUGACAAGCUAAGCCGGGCUUUGCGUUACUACUAUGACAAAAAUAUCAUCAAGAAGGUGAUUGGCCAGAAGUUUGUGUACAAGUUUGUGUUGUUCCCCGACAUUCUGAAGAUGGACCCGUCAGCUGUGGAGGCCGGCCGGGGGAGCGAUAUGACAACAGAGAUGGAAGACCUCCACGCCCGAGAGAGACCCCGCUCCAUACUCCACGACGACAGCUCCACAGUCAUCCGGUUCGUCACCGACCGCGGCCACUCCCAGACUCGCUCCGCCUCGUCGCAGAGUCCCGCCCGCACAGUGACUGAUGAUUCCGAACAGGAAGAUGUGCCUUUAAAUCUGUCAUCCAGAAAGAGGGAAAGAGAAAGUACCCAAUUCCGGAAAGCCAAGGACCUAAAAGUCUCAUCCCCGUCCCUCCUCCUGGCAGGAAGUGACCUCGUCUCCAUCGCCUUGAAAAGUCCCACCCUGCCCUCUGGGUCCUUGACGCCAGCUUUCCUAACUGCACAGACCCCAGCUGGUCUAGUGCUAACCCCAAAUCCCCUGCACUUCUGGCCUAAUUUGAGUCCAGCUGGAUCCCCGAGCCCGGUCCGGCGGGAGAGCCACGCCACCUUCCAGUUUCCCACAUUGAUGAACGGCGCCAUCUCAUUGCCUAUGCACAGUGCGGAUGUUGCUUCUUUGCUGCUCUCCCCUCAUAAAUCCUGUUGA